AUAAAAAAAACUAAAUACUCCGUAUAUAACUUACAGAAAACUAGAUACCUAACGUCCUAAACUCGCCUCCUAAUCAUGAGUCCAUAAUACGAGUACAAAAAUCGGCUCAAAAGGUGUAAAAUUGUGACACCAUCCUUAGAUUCUUUCCUUGACAUUAUUUUCGGAUGAUUUAAGUAAAGUAGAAAGUAAUGUCAACGGCUAAGUCACUCCUCCUAGUCUUGUUCUUCAUCAUCAUCGUCUUCUUCCUUCAAAUGCUAAAUCGCCUUCUUCGCGCCUUUUUGAAAAGAGAAACCCUAAUCUCAACCAAAAACAUCAUUCUCUCAAUCAAAACUAAAUUCUCUCUUCUCCUCCCUCCUUCAAUCAUGGCUUCAUCUCAAAAAUCCCCUGAAUUACCCCUUUCAGACCCACCAAAAUUUGACCCAUCACAACCAUCAAAUCCAAUUUCAUACCCAAUCAAAACCCUCCAAGAGCUCGAAUCAAGAUCAUAUUUUGAUUCAUUUCACUACCCUUUUAAUAAAUCUACAACCCCUUUGAAUGGGGAUUUGAAUUUGCCCCAAAAACCUAGGCUUUUGGUUUGCCAUGAUAUGGCUGGUGGGUACUUGGAUGAUGAUAAGUGGGUUCAAGGUGGGACUAAUUCUGAUGCUUAUGCUAUUUGGCAUUGGUACUUGAUGGAUGUUUUUGUUUAUUUUUCUCAUAAUUUGGUUACACUUCCUCCUCCUUCUUGGGUUAAUGCUGCUCACAAGCAUGGAGUUAAGGUGUUGGGGACCUUCUUGACAGAAUGGGAUGAGGGUAGGAUCAUAAGUGAUCAACUGCUAUCAAGUAUCGAGUAUGCUCGAAUGUGUGCUGAACGAUUGGCCGAGCUUGCUAUUGCUCUUGGAUUUGAUGGCUGGCUGAUCAAUAUGGAGGUCAAAAUAAAUCCUUCUGAGGUAGCAAAUUUGAAGGCAUUUGUCAGCCAUCUGACAGAUUUGAUGCAUAUGUCAAAGCCUGGAUCUUUGGUGAUAUGGUAUGAUAGUGUUACUGUUCAUGGUGACCUUGCUUGGCAAGAUCAGCUGAAUGACAAGAACAAAGCCUUUUUUGAUCUAUGUGAUGGCAUUUUUAUAAACUACACAUGGAAGAAAGACUUCCCGAAGCUCUCUGCUAAUAUUGCUGGUGAUAGAAAGUUUGAUGUUUAUAUGGGAAUAGAUGUAUUUGGAAGGAACACUUUUGGUGGAGGGGAGUGGACUACAAACCUUGCUCUAGAUGUCAUAAGGAAGGAUGAUGUAUCAGCUGCAAUAUUUGCACCUGGAUGGGUCUAUGAGAAAAAGCUACCUCCAGAUUUUCAGACUGCUCAAAACCGUUGGUGGGAUCUUAUUGAAAAAUCUUGGGAAGUGAGGCAGAGUUAUCCAACGACAAUCCCAUUUUUCUCAGAUUUUGAUCAGGGCCGUGGUCACCAUUUUUCUCUUGAUGGGAGGGAACUUUCAAAUGCUGAUUGGUGUAACUUAUCAUGCCAAAGCUUUCAGCCUUUGCUGGAAUUUUCUGGAGACCCUGGACCAGAUGCUACUCAAGUUUUUGUAAACCUUGAGGAGGAAUCUUAUAAUGGAGGUGGGAAUGUCACGUUUAAAAGCAUUCUUGGAAGCAUUCCUUAUUUCACAAAAAGGCUAUUUCAAGCAAAACUCCUCCUAGGGGAUCCAGCUGUGGGCUUCACAUUUUCUGUGAAGUCGUAUGGGGACUCACUGGUGGGCAUUUCUCUGGAAUUUAUUUCCAGUGAGGGCGAGAUUAUAUCAGUGCUCCUUGCAUCACAUGGGGAUGCUUUACUUACCAUGAACCAGUUCUCUAGCAAAUUUAGCAAAGUAAUUAUGCCUCAUCGAAUUACCAAAUCAGAGUCCUCUGAUGGGUGGGUCGUACAAGAGAAUGUCAUUUCCAUGCCAGGGUAUACACUAACAGAAAUUCGGGCAGUCUGCUACAAAUUAAGACCUAAAAUCAACGAGGGAGAGAUAUCUGAGUAUUAUGCAGUCCUUGGUCAUCUCUUAAUCCAAUAUUCUGGUCAUAAUGUACAAUUCCCACUCUCUUCUUCAUGGAUCGUUGAGGGUCAAGAUGUAUCAUGGAAAGCUGGCUUGGAUGAAUCCAAGUCUGUUUCCCUUACCAUUGUAUGGAGAUCUAAGGUUGGAGUUGGUCUUAAUGAAAUUCAGAAAUACAACAUUUAUGUCGAGAAUACAUCAGAAGAAGAUGCAAAUCUGGAUGUAAAUCUUCAAGAUGUACAGGAAUUUCUUGGAGUAGCAUUUGUGGAAUCCUUUUAUGUUUCUGAGUUGCUAGUUCCUUCUGGUAUUUCUGCUCUCAAAUUUGUCAUCCAAGUUUGUGGUGUUGAUGGGACUUGUCAACCACUCAAUGAUUCUCCAUACUUUCAAUUUAAUAUUUAAGAAAGUGUUUUACUAAACAGGAUAUACAAUGAAAAGUGCUUGGAAGAUUGUUGACAACUCUGUUUAAGCUUCAUUUGCAAAUGUGAAUUACCUGUUCUUGAUGAUGAUGAUGAAAAAGCAAUAAAAGCCAGUCACAAGUGGAAGAAAAGGUUUAAAUCAUUGUUGGUAGUAGCUACUAGCUUCAUCCUUUUCUCUGGAGACCCCACCAACAUUUCAUGAGUGAUGUGGCCUUCUACAAUUGGUUAUUGUGGAACCCUUUUUUAAGACAGGUUAUUUGAUUAGUUGGUAGUAAAUUGUCAAACUCUAAACUUAUAAUAAUCCCUUUCAUUUGAAAGCAUUUGUUUGUUUAGGAUAAUACACUUGAAACACCGAACUGUAAGUUAUUGUAUAAAAAAUUACUCUUUUUUUGGGGGGGUAUAUAACUGUCAAGUGACUGUAUAUUUUAACUGAUGAUCAGAGUAAGAACUGUGGGUGCAGUGGACUGAGAAUUCGGAAUUGAUGGAGAACUACUUUCAUGUGUGGAAAAUGUUAAAACCAGUACUUGGGAAAGAUUUAGGAGUGGAAAGGAAUUAAAAAGAAGAAAGGAAAGAUGCAGCAAAAGGAAAGGGUUAAAACCAAAACAUGGGAAAAUAAAGGAUUUCAGAAACCAAACAACCUUUUUCCUGGGUAUCAGUUGUCCUCGAGCCCUCAAAUGAGAAACAACCAUCCUUCCUAUCCUUGUCUCCAGAAAGAAGCUGCAUUGGAGGUUGAUAGAUAAAUCCAAAGGAGAAUGCCUUUUUGUCUUUUUAUUUUGACUUUCCAUCCAUGUUCUCUUUGUGAGCACUAUUUUUGUUAUUCCUCUUCAAUUUGACUAAUUUGCUACCUUUUCCUGCUCUACCAUUUAUUUUCUUUCACCCAAAUGUGUCACAUUCCAAGGGAAGCAGAUUAUUAUCUCCUCUUUCAUUCAGAUAUCAAGAAAAACAAUAGAAAUAUGCAGAUGCUUGUGACUUUAACAUGUUCCCAUGGUUCACCAAAACAACUGCCGCCACCACCACCAACAGCUUCUGUAGCUUUGUAGAGAUGUAGACUAUUGUGAAAGUUGAUUCUAAGCGAAAGAGUUUGAUCAAAUGAUAUACCAAAAUAAUUGAAACAAAGUUUUCAUUAGCUAUUUUGCUAAAAGUAAUUAUACGUCUAUUGUUAACGUAGAUAGAAUCAUUGUACUGUGUUUUGAAUUUUUUAAAUGAACUGAUUUUAAAAUUUGCUGAUGAAAAUGUUGUCUUUAAACAAAUAGACCGUAUGAAUUUAAUUGUAGUUUUCACUUCUUUUUUUGUUUUGUACUCGGUAUGCUCAGACUUGUUAUGAGUGACCUAUAUUUUUUUUCCCUUAGAUGUUUUUCUUUGUAUGUUUCUUCUUUUUUAACCUAUAGACAAUGCAGUCAUGCAACUCAUAGGAAAGAUUCUUGGGGACUAGAAAACCUUCAAUAGAAUGUUUUUUUAAGAAUGUACAACUUUAGUUAUUAGGGUUUUCCCAUUUUCCUCAACUUCCAAAUUAUUUGAGUAAUAGGUUUACAUAGAGUAAAUCAAAUUUCCUAUAUCAUAUUCCCUCGAGACUGCUAUACUUAUCCAAAUAUCAGCAAUUCUUAUGCCAAAAUGUUUUUGAACUUUUACUUAUAUAAUAAAAUUUCUAGGAGAAAAUUUCAAAUAAGAAUCCAUAAUAUCUGGUGGUGACUUCAUUCAAAGGGAAGUGUUAUAGGUAUCAUAUUGAGGACUUCAUGGAACAGGUCAUGACAAAAUUCUAUGCUUUGGUCUUCACAAACUUUUCUGUGCUAAGACUAUUUUAAAUGCUUAAAUUAUAAGUUCUUGUGACUGAAUAGGACAAAUACAGAAAACACAUUAAUUACUGACCAUUAAUCUGUUUUCUAGUCUCGGAUUCUAUGUGUAUUAAUUACAGUGAAGAUUAGCAUGGCUCCUUUUAGUCCUAUAAAAGGAUGACACGCACAAAUCGAGAAACGGUCUUUUUUUUUUCUGUUUAGUGUCUGCCAAAGAUAGAUAUAUAUAUAUAUAGAGGAGCUAUAGAAACAAAAGGGGGUGUGAUUGAGAUGGGAAUUUAGAAAAGUUUGGAAGUUUGACUUGGGAAAAUGCUUCCCUUAAUAAACAAUUGUUAGGAAGAAUCUUUGAGUCAGCUAUUGUCCCUGUUGCCUCUGCAUUUAAUUAUUAUUUUUUCUAUAGAAAAUCAUUACUUUUGAUGAGACAUGUAAUUGUAAGGAGAGAUGGAUUUGAAGAAACAUGGUAUUACAUUAUAAUAUAUGGUGAGGAUAAUAUAAUAAAUGUAAAAAUCUUUGUCUUAUUUAGUAUACUUGGUCCAUGAACUCAGCACUAACACUUGCCUCCCACGUGAAAUUUUUUAUGGACACUCACUAUCAAAUUCUAGCUUCUCCUUCCACAGUUAAGAAUUCUGCUUGUAAUAUCAUAUGAAUAUAGUAUAUUUAUAGAAUUUUUGUUACAGUGAUUUCUGCUUCUUGUGUUUUGGACUUUUUAUUUUGAUAUGUACUUGGAAUUCUUAGCACAUGAAUGAUGCUUUGUGAGACUUUUUCAAUCCGAAUUUGAAGCUGACUUACAUUAACAAGUUAUUAAUUUUGUUAGAAGGGGUGGCCAUGA